AUACAGAGUUCUAUUUGUAUGACACAUAAACACAUGAUGAUGUUGAUGAUGCUAAUUAUCAUAAUCUUCAUCACCAUCAUCACCUUAAUGACCUAUCUCUGUGGAACCUCUGCAGAGAACCCAUGCCAGGUUAGCGUUUCUGGGCCGGAGCUCAUCCAGAGUGGGGAGACAGUGCACCUGCAAUGCUCCAUCUCAGCAGCCUGUGAGGACAGACCAGAGUGGGCCUGGUCAGAGUCAGCUCAACUGCCAUCCAGUUCAUACUCCCAGGAUGGCAAAACAGCCAAUCUCAGCUUCCCGGCCCUCUGGUCACAUGACGGGGUGACGUUCACCUGUAGUCCGUCAGGGAGCAAGGAUGCUUGUGUCAGCAGGAGCAUCAAGCUGACCGUGAGAUAUGCUCCGAAAGGGGUCAGUGUAUGGACGGGCAAGGCUUCGGACUCGGUCAGAGAAGGGGAGAGAAUCGGCUUUACCUGCAAAGUCCAGAGCAGCAAUCCACCAGCGUCAUACUCCUGGUACAAAGACUGGAGCCAGCUGGGCUGUACUGACCGAGAGCUCAAUCUCACAGACAUAAAACUCCAGGACACAGGCAACUACUACUGCCGUGCCACCAACCCUGUGGGUUAUAAAGAGUCCCCACACGUCCAAAUCACCGUCCACUAUGGACCCAGAGACACACGCAUUGUGGCCAGUGAGGGAGGGGUGAAGGUCGGACGGAGCCUGACUCUGACCUGCCACGCCGAGGCCCUUCCCGAGCCGAACAGGUACACCUGGUUCCACGCGCUUCCACUGACGGGUGGGUGGACCGAGGUGCCAGCGCCUUCAAACAGACCGUCUGACCGGCGAGCCCUGAACUGGGAGCAGAUCCGUGUCAGCGAUGCCGGAGAAUACAUGUGCCAGGCUGCCAACGAGAUCAGCGCUAAAAACUCCACCUCGCACCGCGUAGAUGUGCUGUGUGAGUGCUGUCUUCGGCAUCCCACUGCCUGUCCUGUAAUUACUGAAGGAGACUGGGGGGGCGGACUACGCCGAAAUCCGGAAAGAGAGGCAAAGGGGAAACAAGGGGAAUGAGGGAGAGGAAGAGGCUGUGAUGGAGGAGAGCGCUGAGGUGCCGGGGGGGGAGUCUCCUUAUUCAGUGGUGGAAUAGGCGAAGGAGAUGGUUUGGGAGUGCUCGGGAGAGGGAGGGGUGAACACAGAUAGCUUUUACGUUAAAAAAAUCACAUGUUCAAAAACCACGCGUCAAAAAUGCACACGUGAACACACAACAUGUGAAGAGUACAUGUGAACAUCAAUAAAUAAAAAGAGUAGGAAAGGGUAAUCUAUGGUAUU